AUGGAAACGUUGGAAUGCCUAGACUUGUCUAGAAACCAGCUUUCAGGGGAGAUACCAAAGAGCCUUGCACAUCUAAAUUUUCUCAGCGUUUUGAACUUAUCAUACAACAAUUUGACGGGAAAGAUCCCUUUGGGCACUCAACUACAAAGCUUCAACUCCUAUGCGUUUGUUGGGAAUACCCAACUCUGUGGGAAGCCUCUGGUAGAGUGUCCUCGAGAUAUUUCUAACGAUUCUACAACUGAUCGCGGAGAAGGGAAUAUUUUUGAAGAAGAUGAGGGGUUUAUAACACUUGAUUUUUAUAUCUGCAUGGCAUUUGGUUUCUUUACUGGAUUUUGUGGUGUUGUUAUGACUCUCGUUCUCAAUCGUUCAUGGAGAGAUUCCUACUUCAACUUGUGGAACAACAUUGGAAACUGGAUGUACGUGACAACAACAAUCUAUGUGACAAGAUUUCUGGAGUGA